UAAGCAGGCUCGCAUUACCCUCGUACCGGUAAUAACUUGGGCAUCUAGUGGACUCUUCGAUUAGCGUCGGCCUUUCAUCAGCUCUUGUUGAACCUUUAAGCCAAAGGGAUUAAGGCAUCAGCGUACAAUCCGUUUCCUGAAGCCACACGUCAUGAAGGCGCUCACGGCAUCGCUGCCCCGCAUAGCGAGGCGCACUGUUGUGAGUCAAAAUUCUUCAAGCGUCAGCCCGUGGAAUAUGUAUCCGCUGCUCCUGUCGCGAUUCGCAGCCGUCGGCGCCGCGUCAUCGAGGCGCGAUCAUGACACCGCCGUGUCAGCGGCGGGGGAAACGUUCGGCGCGGGAAGCGCCGGAGGCGCGGAUCCGAAGGCAGAGGAGCGUGAGGCGUCGCGGAGCAACCCCAUGGCUGCGCGGCUCCGCAGCCGAGGCGUAAUCCGAUUCGACGGUCGCGAUGCCAUCAACUUCCUUCAGGGCCUGCUGACGAAUGACGUCACCAGCUUCCUCCAGCAGAAUCCCCCUCUGGCUUCUCCCCUCCCCACGCCAAAUCAGCCCGCCAGCGUGCGCCCGCCCGUCUACUCCGCUCUUCUCUCCCCGCAAGGACGAUUCCUCUUUGAUCUGUUCCUGUACCGGCCGCCACACCAGGUUGCAGCAUCCAGUCACCUGCAUCCAGACGCUGUAUCUAGUCGCCUGGAUUCCUCUGGAGGCGGUCCAGAUACGGGGCACCCAGACGCACCUGAGCUGCUGGCGGAUGUAGAUGCAGCGAACCUGGACGACCUGCUGGCGCAUCUGAAGAAGCACAAGCUCCGUGCGAACGUGUCGUUUGCUGACGUGUCGUCUGACAUGGCAGUGUGGGCCCACUUCCACUCGCGCCUCUCCUCAGACCCGGCGUUACCCGACGAGGCGGCAGCAGGAGAAGGCGUGGGGUGGGGCGGGCGGGUGGAUCAAGUGGGAGAGCUGACAGCAGAGGCUACCAUGGAGGGGUGGCGGUGGCACCGGGACCCGAGGCAGCCAGGAUUGGGCUUGAGGGGGCUUUUCCCUGCCAGUGAAAUACCCCCACUGGUUGACUCACAAAUAGAGGUGGGGGAAGAGAGCUACCGGCGAUUCCGAUACAUGAUGGGAGUGGCGGAGGGAUGUGCAGAGAUGCCAAGAGGUGAGGCCCUUCCACUAGAAUGCAACCUGGCAGCCCUGCACGCCGUCAGCUUCACCAAGGGCUGCUAUGUGGGCCAGGAGCUCACCGCCCGCACUCACCACCGGGGCGUGGUGCGCAAACGACUCAUGCCAGUCCGUUUCUUGAAAGAAGGAGAAGGGGGAGGGCAGGGAGCCGCAGAAGGGGGUGGCAAAGCUAGUGAGGAGGCUGGUGGGAAGAGUGAUGGGAGGGUUACAGUGCCAGAAGGAGCUGAGAUAGUUGAGAUGAGCUCUGGGAAGGCAGUUGGUCGUGUGAAUGCGGUGCAGUACGGUUCUGAUGGGUCUGGUUCGGCUGCGGGUGGUAAUGCUGGUUCUGCUGAUACUCCUAGUGAGGUGGUUGGAUUGGCUCUGCUGCGGUUGGCACAUGGGCUCAACCCCGGGUCACAGCUUGCAGUGAAGGGGGAGAGUGGGGCAGCUCUGAAAGUUUUGCCCAGCCGCCCGUACUGGUGGCCCAUGGAGUGGGGCAGCGAGGAGAAAUGAUCCUAGUGGAGAUUGGUGGCGUGCUAUUCGUCGGGUGUUGGUGAUGGGUGGAGAGGGUUGGGCCAAGUGGGUACUGUUUUACUGCUUCACUUGUGAGCUUCACAAGGUGCUGGAUGAACACAGCAUACACACAUGUAUGCUGGAUGAACAUAGAACUCUUUCUCGUGGUAAAGCAUGGCAUAUGGUAGUUGCAAGCAAGAUUCUAACCUAACCGAUAAUGUCAUGCACGUACCAUAGUCAGUAUACCUUCAGCUGAUUUUUUUGUCGACUCAUGAAUCACUCAAAAGUCGACUAAAAAAUCACCAGUGUC